GCGGAAAGGGCUCCGGCGGAGCGCAAGGGCAGGGCGCCUGAGGUUCCGCUUUGGCUGGACUGCGAGGCAGAGGAGGCUGCAGGCGAGGCGCCAUGAACGAAGCAGAGCUAGUUGAAGCUUUUAACACCCAGAUGAGGCAGGACCCUGACGUUGCCUCUGCCGUGGCUGCCAUCCGCGUCCUGCUGGAGUUUUUGAAACGAGACAAAGGUGAGACAAUUCAGGGGAUGAGAGCAAAUCUCAAGCAAGCUAUCGAAGUGCUCACUGGCGUCGAUUCCUCUGUAGCCAUUUCUUCAGGCGGGGAACUUUUCUUACGGUUCAUCAGUCUCACAUCUUUGGAGAACCCAGAUUAUUCCAAAUGUAAAGCAAUCAUGAUUGAGAGAGGAGAGCUUUUCCUCAGGAGGAUCUCUGAUUCAAGGAACAAGAUUGCCAUACUUUGCCAUACGUUUGUCAAAGAUGGUGGGAGAAUAUUAACGCACGCUUAUUCAAAAGUGGUCCUGAAAGUGUUGGAAACAGCUGUAAAGGCAAAGAAACGUUUCAGUGUCUACGUCACUGAAUCACAGCCGGAUCAAGCAGGGCAGAAGAUGGCUGAGGCCCUCACCAAACUGGGCAUCCCUGUGACGAUAAUCCUAGACGCUGCUGUUGGGUAUAUCAUGGAAAAAGUGGACCUGGUGAUAGUUGGCGCUGAAGGGGUAGUGGAAAAUGGAGGAAUUAUUAAUAAGAUUGGCACAAAUCAAAUGGCUGUGUGUGCCAAAGCUCAGAACAAACCUUUCUACGUGGUUGCAGAGAGUUUCAAGUUCGUAAGGCUCUUCCCUCUGAACCAGCAGGAUGUCCCAGAUAAAUUUAAGUACAAAGCAGAUACGCUGAAGAAAAGUAAGGCGCUUAUGGUGGAGCAUCCCUGGAUUGACUAUACAUCCCCUUCACUGAUCACACUGCUUUUUACAGAUCUUGGGGUCUUGACCCCCUCUGCUGUCAGUGAUGAACUUAUUAAACUUUACUUGUAAACUCUCCA